UUCCCAGCAGCAGCGCGGCGGAAGUUCGAGGCCUCCGUGAAUCUGGGCGAUGCGGAGAAAACGAUGAGGAGCUUCUGAGCGCUUUGAUGUCCGCCGAGUGGACGGGAUCAAACGGCUGAUUAAAACACCGACAGGUAUAUUUCCUCCGUUUUUCUGAGUGAGUGAAUCGGACCUCGUUUCCUUGUCCCUGCUAUGGCAAUCCUGUUUGCUGUGGUGGCUCGUGGAACGACCAUACUGGCCAAACAUGCCUGGUGUGGUGGAAACUUUCUGGAGGUGACUGAGCAGAUUUUGGCCAAGAUCCCAUCUGAAAACAACAAACUCACCUACUCUCACGGCAGCUAUCUCUUCCACUACAUCUGCCAUGACCGGAUCAUCUAUCUAUGUAUCACAGACGAUGACUUUGAGAGGUCACGUGCGUUUAGCUUCCUCAAUGAGGUGAAGAAACGCUUUCAGACCACCUACGGCUCCAGGGCUCAGACGGCUUUACCCUACGCCAUGAACAGCGAGUUCUCCAGCACUCUCGCUGCACAAAUGAAACAUCACUCAGACCCAAGAGGAUCAGAUCGAUUGACAGAGACUCAAAUGCAGGUGGACGACUUGAAAGGCAUUAUGGUUCGGAACAUCGAUCUGGUGGCACAGCGAGGAGAGAAGCUGGAACUUCUCAUCGACAAGACCGAGAACUUGGUAGAUUCAUCGGUCACCUUCAAAACAACAAGCCGCAACCUUGCCCGUGCCAUGUGUAUGAAGAACCUGAAGUUAACGCUCAUCAUUGUAGUGGUAUCCAUUGUGGUUCUGUACAUCAUAGUGUCCGCAGCCUGCGGGGGGCUCACCUGGCCCACCUGCCGGAAGAAGUAGAAGGGCUAAGCUGGAGCUGAGCUCCAAGUAGAUCCCCUCCCCUCUCGCUCUCAAGCCUGGAAGGGAAACGAACCACUUUCUCAAGAACCGUCACACCACUUGAACUCACCCAUCCCUUUAUCAGGCACUCCUGACCUGUCCUCUGUCUAACCUCCUCCUCUCAACAGUGACCGUAGCCUUACAGACAGAGGAAUCGGGACGGCCUGGAUGUCCUUCUUCAAACGUGUCCUCCAUCCUGACGAGAUUCCUCUGGUGUUCAGGUCCAUAUAGCAGUAUGUUUCACGGAGCACGAUAGGCCUGAACACGUUCUGCUCUAGUUAGUUCUCUUUACCCCUUCGUUGUGAUGCAGUUGUGCUUUGAUGAAGUAGAACUAUUAAGAUUAAGAAUCUGAUGAUGGCAUUAAUGAUAAUGAUGAUGAGUUCUUACGUGAGAUCCCUGUGGAUAAAGGCACGUUCUCGUGAUUACUGAGCCACAUUUACGGAGGUGACCAGGCGCUUGAAUCAUCAUUACCGCCUGUGGUCAGUAACUCAUGCAUACAGUGUCCAAAUCAACUCUGUUGUCUUAAAGUGAAUGAAGCAUAUUAUAUUAAUGUUUCUUCCCCGUUACAUGUAAAUAAAAAGAUUAACACUUUACUCGAACCCUGUAAUACUGACGUACCCGUAGCCAUAAACAUGCCACGGCAGGUGCUGCCAUGACCGCUUGCGUUCAGCAAUGUGUCCCCAUCGCUGGUUAUUGACGUGACGUGUUUAUGGCACUGUUAUGUCAUAUUUAUGUAGCACGGUUCAUUUUUACCACAAAAAGUAAGAAUCUAAAAUAAUCAGUAGCAGAAUGUAUUAAUGAAUGUGUGAAUCUCACAUUUCCAGCUUCUCACCUUCUCCCUUCUUUCGUGUACAUGUCUGAGAGAAAUCGACGCCCAACGUGAACUUCUGAUACGACUUACGACUGGACGACCGCUGAAGGCGUCCAACUUUGUUCACACAUACUCAGAUUAAUGUCGAUGUAGUGUAGACGCCCUCACAUAUGACGUAAGGAGCAUCUGGCCAGUCACUUCCCUGGUGUGUCUGUUUUUUAUAGACCUUUACUGUCUAUAGUGAUGGUGGCUGUACUGGAAUACUGACCUUGGUAACUGGUCUGAUGUGAGUUUGCCAAAAAAACUAAGAUCUUUGCAUGAAGUUGGAGACAAUUUGAGGUUAAGGUUACCUAAAAUCUGAUGUGUCCAGCCCUGAUUGCCCCUUUCCUCCCACUGGAUUUGACAUUAAUUCUACUGCCCUUUGCAAAGCUUUCGGUUUGGAUAACAGUUUGUUUGCCAACGUUCCACUGCGUUCAAGCCUUGACUCAUAUUGAGCUCAACUGCAGAUGCAGGUGUACAGUAAUGAGAUUAGUAUUGCAGAAGAAGCAUAAGGCAUGAAGGCCUGAUCUGCACUAGUGAGUGAACGGAGAUGAUCCGUCUCCCUGGUUGAUUUUUACUUAUUUUUCUGUUACUUUGAUCAGUCUUAUUGUUUUUUUUUCCUUUAAACAAUGCACUUUUUACAUAUUAUGUUUGCUUCCUGCCAUAACGUUGUCAGUAAUCAUGUAAUUAUUUAAUUAUUGCUCAGAUUUAAGAAAAUAAAGUCAUAUGAAAUCUUAA